UUUUACCGCCUAAAAUUUACGGCGUGCAUACAUGUGUGCCGUAAAAAUUGGUCAUUUACGGCGUGCAUUUAAAGCGUGCCGUAAAUGUAGUAUUACAUAGAGCUAUUUAUGGCGUGCUUUAAAAGCGCGCCGUAAAUGAGUUUCUGUCUUGAGUUAUUUACGGCUUGCGUUGAUAGCACGCCGUAAAUGUAGUAUUAUGUAGAGAUAUUUACGGCAUUCUUUAAUUGCGUGCCGUAAAUGAGGAUGACGUAUUUACUGCGUGCAUUAGUUGCGCGCCGUAAAUGGGGAUGAUCUAUAUACACCUCAAACUGUGUUUGCCCGCUCAUUUUUUUUGCCGAAACUUAAACUUCCCACUUUUUCUUUUAAAGGACAUAAAGGUUCCAUUGAAAACAAAACCUCUCUCCUCUCAAACGGCCAAUGCUUACAGCUCGCCAUCUCUCUCAUGAAAUCUCCCUCUUGAUCUUUACCCACAUGGCCGAAAACACCAGUUGAUGUGGAAGCAAAAGCCUAUCCUCCAGCAAUUGCAUUUUUUAGCAGCUCAGGUCUAAGUUUUCGAUUGGGAGAUCGAAACUCUGCGGUAGGCGCUGGGCGGUUGGGCAAUCAUGAUAGUCACUCUCCGCCUCUCCUUCAUCGCUCUCUCUGUACCACGCAACCGCGCCACACCUCUCUCUCUCUCUCUCUCUCUCUCUCUCUCUCCCUCUCUCCCUCCCUCCUUGAUGGGAUCUCCCUCAGUCUCUCACUUUGUCAACUUGACACUUGUUGAUCUUCCUGGGCUUACAAAAGUUUUUGUUGAGGGUCAGCUCGAUAGUAUUAUGCAGGACAUUGAAAAUAUGGUUCGCUCCUACAUUGAGAAGCCCAACAGUAUAAUUUCAGCAAUUUCACCUGCUAAUCAAGAUCUUGCUACAUCUGAUGCAAUUAAAAUCCCUUGUGAAGUGGAUCCAAUAGGCUAUUAUUGCGGUUCCAAGAAACUGAUGCUGGGAGUGGAGGUUAAAAAAGUUUUAGUGCGUCUCUGCUUCCCAUGGCCAAUCCUAGAUCCCUGAGAUCAUGGUGUUAACGUUAGAGAUUGAGCGGGAUCUCUAGUUAGCUUUAGAGAAAGAGAGAGAGAGAGAGAGAAUGACACAAGCGAAGUAUAGUG